GGAGGGAGCGCGUGGAGGUGGGAGAUGGCAGGUGGAGGACUCAGAACAGGGAGUGAGUGGAGCAGUCCGGCCGAAUCCUAGCGUGGCUGUCGCCUGGGAGGGUCUCGGGAGCCCUGCCGGGCCGGAUUGUCCGCAUGUGGGCUCUCGCUAGACUGGCAGCUCCCGGAGGACAGCCUGGCACACACGGUCUGGACAAUGCGGGGAAGACCACCAUCCUGAAGAAGUUCAACGGGGAAGACAUCGACACCAUCUCACCCACCCUGGGCUUCAACAUCAAGACCCUGGAACACCGAGGGUUCAAGCUGAACAUCUGGGAUGUGGGUGGCCAGAAGUCCCUCCGCUCCUAUUGGCGGAACUACUUCGAGAGCACGGAUGGCCUCAUCUGGGUGGUGGACAGUGCUGACCAGCAGCGCAUGCAGGACUGCCGGCGGGAGCUGGAGAGCCUGCUCGUGGAGGAGCGCCUGGCAGGAGCCACUCUCCUGAUCUUUGCCAACAAGCAGGACCUCCCUGGGGCUCUGUCCUCUAAUGCCAUUCGAGAGAUCCUGGAGCUAGACGCCAUCCGCAGUCACCACUGGUGCAUCCAGGGCUGCAGUGCAGUGACGGGAGAAAACCUGCUUCUGGGGGUUGACUGGCUACUGGACGACAUCUCCAGCCGCAUCUUCACUUCAGAGUGACCCCCCCCCCCAGCUCCUGGACUGACCCUGAAGGGCGGCCCCUCGACGCAUCCCUGGCUCCUGCAGACCAUCCCUCUGUCCUGAUCCUGUCUGGCCCAGGGCCCCGCAGGGAGCCAGGACUGGAGGGGGACAGAAGCCCACAGGACCCCCACUAAUGCCUCCUUCCCCAUGU